UCAGCCUCUAAUCCUCUGCACCCCACACUCUUUUACAACAUCCAACUUGCAGUCGCUCUUUGCCACUUACCUGGACACAUCUCCUUCUAAUAACUCCUAAUAAUUAUCCCUCCUCCUCCUCCACCGUCAAGAUGAAGUUCUCCGUCCUCGCCGCUUCCGCCACCUUCGGCGCCGCCCUGGCCGUUCCCUUCCAUGACAAGUCCGGCUCUAUGCCCGGCGCCAGCAUUCCCACCCCCAGCCUCAGCGUCCCCGCCGCGGAUGCCUCCAAGGCCGCCUCCGCCAUCUGGACCGUCACCCCGACUGGCUUUCCGACCGGUGUCCCGACUGGCGCUCCCGCCUCUUUCAAGGCCCCCUUCGAGGUGUCCUCCGUAGACCACUCGGCUCCCGCGGUCCCCACCGGUCUCCCCACCGGCUCGCCCAUCCCGCACGACAGCGCCACCUGCAUCCGCGAGGCCGUCGUCCUGGUCAAGACUUUCAAGGAGGACGUGCACAAGGAGCUCCUCAUUGUCAAGACCCUCGUCAGCGGGCCCGCCGAGAAGCUCGAGGAGAAGAUCGUGGCCAUCACGAGCCGCGUCGAGGAGUGCAAGUCCAAGUUCGAGACCCUCCUCGCCAGCGUCAAGCCCGAGGAGCUCGGAGCCGAGGACCGCGAGACCGUCCUGACCCUGCUCUCGGAGCUCAAGGAGGUCGUCGAGGAGGUCGAGGCCUGCAUCGUCGGCCUCGCCAAGGUUCUGACUGCCAAGGUCCUGUCCGUCCUCCUGCCCAAGAUCGCCGCCCUUAAGGAGUGCCUCGGUGCCCUCGUCGCCCCGCUCCUGAAGAUCGCCUUUGCCAUCUGCGCCCUCGUCAAGAACGACGUCAUCGUCGCCAAGAUUGCCUUUGUCGCCAGCUCGCUCGAGAACUGCCUGGCCAAGUUCCUGUCGCCCGUUCUUGCUCUCAUCGGCAAGUUCCUUCUGUAAAGCCCUUGGCUUCUGACAUGGCAAAAGGCCGCGCCUUCUAGGCUUCUCUGGUGUUUACAGCAAAAGUGGUGUGUAAUUAGAUUUGGGGUUGUAAGCGUUGCAUCUUGUAUUUAGCUAGGGGCCGUGUUCGUUACUUAGUGUAGUGGUUUAGCUCUUCCUUGCUUGGCAAUAUACCCUCAAGCUUGUUGUCCGGGAAUAAUCUACAUCAGUACUGUG